AUGGCGAAGAAGAAGGGCCCAGCGACCUCUAAGGCUUCCGCGAAAGCAGCCAAAAAGGCCAAGGCCGCGCAGAAGGUCGAGCGCAAGGAGAAGAAGAAGACCUCUAAAGCUAAAGAUGAGAGCGAUGAUGAGGAUUUAGAGGGAAUUCUGGAGAAGAUGCAAAAGGAGUGGGAGGAAGCACACACUGUCACAGAGGAACUCGUCGAAGGACCCCCUAGCCGCAGGGCGAACGCGACGCUUACUGCAUGUCCCAACGGCAAUCACCUCUGGUGUAUCGGUGGAGAGUUCUUCAGCGAUGAUGGUAGAGCAUACUUCUACAAUGAUACAUUCAGAUAUUCCCCAGAAAAGGACGAAUGGCGUAAAUUCGUAUCUCCUACUUGUCCUGGACCAAGAUCGGCACACGCUGUCGUAGCGUCUCCAGCUGGAGGCGGAAAACUCUUCCUGUUCGGGGGCGAAUUCUCGUCUCUACAUCAAAAUACUUUCCACCAUUACCGCGACUUCUGGUGCUUCGAUAUUACUAUCCAUUCUUGGGACAGGAUUGACACGAAGAUCAGACCAAGUGCUCGCUCGGGUCAUCGUAUGGCGAUAUGGAAACAUUACAUUUUCCUCUUUGGUGGUUUCUACGAUCCUGGAAUUACGACACGAUACCUAAACGACCUCUGGGUGUUCGAUACCCAGGAGUACAAAUGGCAGCAGGUCGAAUUCAGGGACACGGACUCCAAGCCAUCACCUCGCAGUGGAUUCUCCUUCCUGCCUACUCCUGAAGGCAUACUUCUCUACGGCGGAUAUUGCAAGGAGUACGCUAAAGGCAAACGGCCAGUCGGGGUCAUGCUCGAUGAUACGUGGUUCCUCAACCUGUCUCUGAAGUCGGCGCCGGAAGCCGGAUCAUCAUCGAAAUCCUUCAAUCCGCUGAUUGCAAAAUGGGAGCGACGGAAGCGUCCGUCGACGGCGUACGCACCUGCGUUACGUUCCGGUUGCACAAUGACGCUUUGGGCUGCUAAAAUGACUGGCGUUUUGUUUGGCGGCGUGACGGAUGAGGAUACGAGCGAGGAAACUUUGGAAAGUCAUUUCUGGAAUGAUCUAAAUGGAUAUCAGCUUACUGGCAAAGGCCGCUGGAUGAGCAUGACUCUCAGGCGGCCAAAGGCCAAAGGCGGGGCGAAGAAGAAGAAACCGCAGGCCGCUUCAGCACAAAGGGGAGAAGAUAGCGAUGCCGAGGAUGCUGCGGACUCGGUGGUCAUGGAAGUAGACCCUGACGAUCCAAUUUUGACGACCCCGCUGCCGAGAUACAAUGCAAUGUUGGCAGUCCUUCGAAAUACACUGUUCAUAUACGGCGGGAUAUUUGAAAAAGGCUCGAGAGAGUACACUCUGGACGAUUUCCACUCGCUCCAGCUAGAUAAGAUGGAUCGCUAUGUAUGCUUGAAGCAUACGGAUGUGGUCAUAGACGAGAACGACGAAAGCAGCAGCGAUGAUGAUGACGAGGAUGACGAUGACGACGAGGAAGAUAGCGAUGAUGAUGAUUUCGACGAUGGUGCUACACUUGUGGAAGAAGAAAUGGUCAAAGACAAACUGCCUGCGAAGGAAGAGGACCUAGCUAUUGUCGAGGAGGAGGAAGUCGAGGAGGAGAUUACCAUUGACGAAGAAACCAACGCCGAUCUACGAUUGCAAGCAACCAAUUUCAUGGGUGUUGCGAAAGACACAACACGUUCCGCAGAGGAUGUAAUCAGUACCCCACUCCCUGGAGAAACUCUAGCAAUGUUCUAUGCACGUUCUCGAGAAUACUGGGCUCAGAAGGUUUAUGACAGCAAUGAUAUACGGGGAAAAGAGCUCCAUCGACUCGGGUUCUCAGUGGCUCAGGAACGAUAUGACGAGUAUAAGCCUAUCUUGAAGGAGGUUGAGAAGAUUUUGGCUGAAGCAGGUUUGGAUGAAGAGGAGAUGAGGAAUAGCGCUGCUGCGGGGCCCGCGGCAGGUGGUGUUGGCCAAAGUCGUAAUCGUCGUUGA